AGGAAGUAACGAUGUUUGGGGCACAUUAAACACGACACGGCUGUGCUGCACUACAUAACCAGCUCCCUCCGAUCAGGGGAUAAUUUUUCUUUCUUUUUCAUGUGAGAAGCCAGAUAAAGCCACUCAUAACACUCAGAAUGUGAAACACACAGCAAGACUCAAGCUACGGGACCAUCCUGCUGUGGCAAGAAUCCAUUGUGCUGAUGGAGCAUGUAAUCAAGUUGGGUACCAUUCCCGAUGAAGAGACACAAGAUGACUGGUAAAGCCAGAGCUGAAAUUAAUCUCCUCUAAGGGUGACACGGAUCACAGGUGUGGGGAUUCACCUUCUGAGGCCUCGAUAUCCCACAAUCCCCUGCUCCCCGACAACCGCAUUCCCCGUAGCGUAGCCAUACCUCCCGCUCCCCUUGUCCAAUGUCAGUGAGAAAGCCGCCGCUGAGGAGGCGUUCCUUGGGGUCCGUCUCCCCCAAGCGUCUGUACAGGAACCUGUCAGUCAGACUGCGCGGCAGCGAGACCCCCGCUGAGCGUCAGCACUCCAAACACCACCACAAGCCCCUGCCAUCUUACAAGAGUCUAUGGGAGGCAGUGGAAAAUGAGGACACCUCAGCUGUGAAGAGCAUGUUAUCCAAGGUCAAAGUGGAGGGCAGAGACAGGAAAAAGGAGGGAAAGGGACAGAAGAGGGAGGGCAAGUUGGAAGAGUGGGGGGUGAACGAUGUAAACGAAGAGGGGCUGGUCCCCCUCGAUGUGGCCAUACUCACCCAGAAUUCCCUGUUGCUGCACAUGCUCAUCAAGGCUGGCGCCAGACACAACCCCCACUCGUAUUCCCCCCCGGAGUGGGCAGCCAAGCUGAACACCCUGGUGGAGCUGGCGGGAACCAAGCUGGGGGAAUGGAAGGGGCUGAUGCUGGAGAGACCUGACGUGCAAGAGCAGACCAGCGCUCAGCAGCAGCUGCGGAUCUGGACGCUCCGCCGGCAGCUCUACCUCAGGAUGCGGGACAGCUUCCACCGCACGGUUCUCCCAGGCCCGCCCAGCUCGGUCUCACUGCAGGUGACUGGAGCUGGUUCAUUGGCCGUGUCCUUCAAGGAGGCAGUCGGGAAUGCUACGGGAUUGGUCUCUUGCUUUAAAGUGGAGUGGAGUACCUCUGCCACUUUCCAGUCCAUCUGCGGAUCCGACCUGGUCAUGGCCACCAGCAGCCUGGCUUACACCAUCACCGGACUGGAGCCUGGAAUGCGCUACUUCGUGAGAGUAAGUGCCUGCAACAUAAAGGGAUGGGGCUCAGCCCAGGGCUCCAAGCCGGCCAGCGCCGCCCCCUCCAGCUGGCGGGAGUGCAGUGGUGUCAAGCAGCGGGUCAGGAGUCAGGCUGACGAGGUGAAGAGGCUAUUAGAGCAGAUCAGAGAUCCGGAGUAUGGAGGGUACUGCACAGAAGCCUCCAGGCGGCCGGGGACCAGUAUGCGUCAGUCCCUUUCCCGUGGCCUCAAGCAGCUCUUCCACUCUGCCACGAAGUUCGUCAGCCUCCUGCAGAGGGGUGUGUAUCUGGCCGCUGUCUUCUACCACAAGGAGAAGAUCCUGCUGACCUCAAACAACCAGCUCCCAUUGUUGGAGAUCCAAAGCUGCCCCACCUCUGUAACUCAGGACUUCCUGUGGUUUGCCAAGCUUUCUUGUGCUUGGCAGCAGGUUCCUUGCCUGCAACAAGCCCUCUCUUCAUCAUUGUCUUCCUCCUCAUCCCUCCUUCAGAGCAGGCGCAACAUCCUACAAGCUGUCGCACAGCUGCAGUCCUCCCUCGGCACCGAGGAUUUGGGUCAGGUAUACUACGAGCCUCUGAAGGAUAACCAUGGCAACGUCUUGCUGGUGACCUUCAAGGAAUGCUUUCCGGAGGCCCAAUGUCCUGAGCACCUGCUCCACUGGGCCUCCCUCUCCUGCCUGGACAGGAGCAGGCCCAUGCUGACGCCCACCCCCACCGCCAUGGACGCGCUGACCGAGCGCCUGAAGGAGAAACUUGUCUACCACAGGCAGAGCUUUCAGAGGGCCAGCCCAGGCCUCUACGUGGGCGUGCUCAAGCUGCGCAGCCUAGUGGAGCAGAUCCGAGUCCUGGUUCCUCAGAAGCUGCCCAACCUCCUGUGCCACGCCAGGGUCCGGCACAACGCCCACGUCUCACGGGAAGAGUGGGCGUGGCUGCAGAGCCUGCCGGUGAUUGGUGAUGACGGAAGAGGUCAGUCCAUCUCAGCGAAUCAGGAGCUGGACAGACUCGAGAGCACUGUGCCCAGGGACUUUGCGAAAUCGCUGAGGGCCGCCGUCACCCAACUGCUAAACAAGCUGUGCGUCCCGCUCCACAGGGCACGCGAGUACCGCAUAUACACUCAGGAGCUGCUGCAAUUUGGGGAGGGUAUUUCCAUGCUGCUACUGCUACCACCCAGUGAGGAGUUCAGCGCCACCCCCAGGCUGCCAGAGGACUCGCAGAAACCGGGCCUCACUUUGCCCCUGCAGAUCUUUGAGCUGGUGCAUUUCUGGACUUAUGAAAAGGAAUUCUUGUCUGAGUACUGCCAGGCUUGGGUGAGACUGGAACUGGACGCCCAUCUUUCCCAGCAGGCCUUGCGAGAGGCGUUGGACAGCAAGGAGAUACAGGAGGCUAAGGAUCGCCUCAGCCACAUCACUCGCCUCUCACAGAGCCUGGACAUGGCGUGGCGUGAGAUGCGCUGGAUCACAGACGCCUUGCAGUGCGUCCGCUCUAAGCAUAGCCUGGGCAUGGUGCCCCUGGCCUCGGUCAUGGGGGGCAAGCUGCACGUCCAGCCAGCCGUUCAGCGCGAGGCCCAUAAUAAGGAGGGCACAUGCCACCCAAGGCUAGCAACACCAGAAUCGAAGAGGGAACGUCAAGGAUCUGGACCUGUGCCAGUAGAGGGCGCUGAAGCAGUACAGGACGCCGCCUCCAGAGAGGAUGGCAUUACGGAGAAGCCUGAAGAGGUGUACUUGGCAGACGGAGGUCGACAACCUUAUCGUGCGCUCCAAGCUCAGGGCAGGACUCAGUCAGCAGUCCACAAUGGUGGAUGUCAACGCCAUCUUUCCACUGACGGUUGCAGUAGCCCGUUCGCAGCACAGUCUGAUGCCGCCUUGCAGCUAGAGGCAAAUAAAAACUGCGGGAUGACCGACACUUACGAUGGACUCGGUCUGGAUAAUAACAUGGGUGACGUCUCAUACCGUCUUGGAGAAUCUGGACUUCAGGAACACAGUUGUCAGCCAAAAUCAGGACAUAAUAAAGAUCCGUGCAGGUACAUUGGUUAUCACCAUCAGCCCGUGAACAAAAUGUCUGAGCACCAGGCUCUGGGUGAUGAGCCGAACCCUAGAGAGAUUCCGGAGUUCGGUGAGGAUGGUGGGAUGUGGGAUUGCUUCGGUGACCUGGCCUCAAGCAGCAUUCCUGGGGAUUUUCUGUUGGACGAAGUGGCCCCGAGGAAGAAGCCCCCGGCACGGAGUCUGGUAGAGUGGGUCAGCACUAGCACACCGCAAUCCUGACGGCAAGUUUCUGACAGAGGAGCGCGCCAACAUGAAUGCAAAUGCAUUACAACGGUCCCUUAUUCUGUCAGUCCGUGUCUCCCUGUUACAAGAGGAACUUCAUACAAUGUGAAGAGAUGCACAUUCUAAGCACAGCUAUUCAAGUCUAAUUUUAACGACAUAUCUUUAUCAUUUAAUGACAUAUCUUAAUCAUAUAGCAUGCUUGGAAAACAAGUUAUUUCCUGCUGUACAUUUUUUUUCUGAAUUCACAGAAAUGCUGGAUGCCUUGUAAAAAUGUUAGUGUAUAUAAAUCUAAUCCAUUUAGUUUAUUAAAAUAAACAGAAAUUCUAAGUUUGAUAGUUUAACCACUAUAAGGCAUCUCGUGACUGGGUGAUAAGGAUAUGAAAACAGAAUCUGUGUAUUGUAUUCUCCUUUUCUCGGUUUAACAAUAUAAAAUGUUAUAUCGCAGGUUAGGUAACAUCCAAGUAUUCCAUAAUAAAUACAUUUUGUAUUAUUCAUAUUAAAUUUCCAUGACUGGAUGGUAAAUAUUCCACUGUUUGACAAGAAUCACACGCGUGGCAAAAAUAUUCCAUUCACAAAGACCGAAAUAAGAAAAUAUUCCAAAUAAUAAAAGUGCUAUUAAUGCAUUUCCAGACAAAUCUGUCGGACAAUUUC